AUGAUAUUGUGGUGUCUUUGUUAUCUUGCAGGAACUACAGCGUUUAUUGAGAAGUCAAGUCCAUUUCCAACUGAUGGAAAGCUGGGAUGGUGGAGUACAGGUUUUUCGUAUGGCUUGUGGAUUGCUGCUCUAGUGGCAUCUGAGUUUUCUGUUGUACCGGUUGCAUCACAGACAUGGAAAUCGUACUUUGGGCUAACUCGAAGUGCAUCACCUAAGGAUGAUAGCAGACGAGCUGCUACAAUCUUGUUCCCGGAUAAGGCUCUGUCCCUCAAGUUGAAGAAACAUCACGGGCGAGCAGAGGCUCUUCUGUUAGCAGCCUAUGGAAAAGGACUCGUGCUACCAUCAGAGAAGUUCAUCAAAACACAAAGAGUGCUGAAGCAAGAAACCAACUUGACAUUGACAGGGACGCCUGAUUGA